AUGAAGUCCACACAGUCUCCAAGAGAUGUCGCGGCGGUGGCCAAGGACUGGAUCAGCAAAGACAUCCGCAUUCUGUUUCUCUCUGUCGCGACCAGUGUGCUGAUUGUCGUCUUCCUUGUUCCUGCCCGCACCGGUCGGGGCGUGGCUAUCCGGGAUGAGAAGCUGCAGGUUUCGGGGCUCGACUGCCGCAGAGGUCUAGGCGGGCCUCAGUGUGCGCAAGAGGCGUACUGGGAGCGUGCAUCCGAGAGCCUUUCCCGCUGGCAAGGCAGCCUCUUCCCGAGGAUGGCAACACUGUACCGUUCGACCACCGAGUGCGACGAAAAGACGUGUCCCCGGACGCCGACAGAGCCUUCCGGCCACGACCGUUUCUCCCUGUUCCGCCCCUUCGUCGGAUGCCCCCCCGGAAUGCCGCUCAAGCGGUGGGGGCUCGAGGGCGACGGCGGCAAGUGGCUCUGCGGCGUUGAGGCGCUGAAGGAGGGGUGCGUGAUCCUGUCGCUUGGGAGCAACGGCCAGUUCGAUUUUGAAGACUCCAUGCUCGCGAGCACGCCCUGCGAGGUGCAUACCUUCGACUGCACGUACGCGGGCGCCAGCCGCGGCCCACGUCACCACUACCACAAGCAGUGUCUGGGGAGCCCGGAAAAGGCGGCGGAAGACCCGGCGUUCAUCACGCUCGCACAGGCGGUGCAGGACAAUCAGAUCGAGGAAGUGAGCCUGCUGAAGAUGGACAUUGAAGGGUUCGAGUAUGACGUCAUGUCGCUGUGGCAGGAGAGCGACCCGUUGCCCGCACAGGUGUCGUUUGAGCUGCACUACGGCGGUAUGUAUGAGGGCACGACGCCGGAUCCCGCGGCCAAGACUCUCAUGUGGAGUGGGCGGAUGCGUUCAUUGGUGAAGGGGGCGCGGGAGCAGGGGAAGGAAUGGCUACCGGGGGCAGGGGGGCGAUUGGCCGCCGGAGGGGGGGGAGAAUCAGCCGCUGAUGGUGGGGGGAACAGUGUAGUGGGGGUAGGGAGAUGGGGGACUUCUGGGGCGGUGGCUGAGGUUGGCAUUCUAGAGGUGAGGGGGGCAAUACAGGUGAUGCUGAGGCGGAGGGCGACGGUGAAAUUGACGGAAAGGUGA